AUGCUCAAAACUCCCCCGACUGCUUCCGGUCUCGGCAUCCGACCCGGACUCGGACUGGGUCUUGCCCCAUGGAGCAUCCGGUCUGCCUUCGGGGGACUAGUGCCAACUGGCCCUGCUGCAGCACUGGAGCUGAAUGCCCUGCAAAACUCUCUGCUGCUCGGGCUUUAUUCCCAGCAGCAACAGCAACAACAACAACAGAGCCAGCACCACGGGGCCCAGCAGCAGCAUCAGCAGAGAACAGCUCUGUGGCCCUGGUACCACAUGAGUGCUUUGCUCGGGGCCGGACAUGUGAACCCAGCUUCGGCUUCUUCAGAGUUUUUCCCACACACCGGCUCGGUGGCACACCAUCACUUUACGGGUUCCACGGGCCGCUUCCCGGGGUUCCACUUGCCCGUGUCGUCAAUGGGAAGUCCGGAACCCUCCAACACCCUGUUGGCUGACAAGCUUUCCAUGUCUGCAGCAGCUGGAUCAGACCGAGACCAGUGUUCGUCGCCGUAUGCCAAGUUGUCCGAUCACCACAACCAUCACCAGCACCACCACCAGCAGCCACAACAACAACAACAUCGUAAUCAGAGUGACGACGAAGACGGGGACAACGAUGACGCGGUGUUGAGCAUGGGUGAGGACAAAGGCGGUGGUGGCGGCGGCGGUGACAAGCAGCAGGGCGGUGGUUCGCUGGGAGGCGUCGGUGAUGACAAGAACAAGCUGGACGCCGCUGCUAGGAAGAAGAAGAAAACUAGAACCGUGUUCAGUCGGAGUCAGGUGUUCCAGCUGGAGUCAACUUUUGACGUGAAGCGGUACUUGUCCAGCUCGGAGCGUGCGGGACUCGCAGCGAGUCUGCACUUGACGGAAACCCAAGUGAAAAUUUGGUUCCAGAACCGCCGAAACAAGUGGAAGCGGCAACUGGCGGCCGAGCUGGAAGCCGCCAACAUGGCUGCUGCCCAGGCGGCGUCCCAGGGGCGGCUCGUCCGAGUGCCCAUCUUGUACAAGGCGCCGGACGCCGGGGACGACCCUGCUUCAGCAGCAGCCAAGGUGUCGCCUCUGUUUUCGGCGCCCAGACUUCCGCCGCCUCCCGCGCCGCCGCAACAAAUUACCACCAUUGUCUGA